UCGAACGCACCUUACAACUACAAAUGCCGCGUUCACUAUCACGGAAAAAAACUUUCAUUUACCAGUGUUCGUUUAUAUUUAUUAAAGGAAACUUCAACUAAGUUAAAUCUCGUUAGGUGAUAUUUGUCAACUGAAGGAUGAGUGAUUAAAAUUCAAUCCCAUGAUUCAGUGGAGCAGACCACAGACCUGCGUCAGGUGAAGAUUGAGAGAUCAGAUAUAGUGUACACUACGUUAGACUACACUAGUGUUCACUUCUGAGGACCUGAAACACCCGACGACUGACUUUAUAUGAACAAUAUUCAUGAAAAGACUCGAGUGAAGCAUUGCUUUGGGUUUGUCAUUGAUGUGAUUUGUCAAUCAUCAUGGAUUGGGGUUCAGAUCUGUGGGAUCAGAAUGAUGUGAUUGAAAGACACACUCAGAGUGGAUUGGAGGUCUUGGAGCGUUACGUGAAGUUUGUCAGAGAGAGAGCGGAGAUCGAACAAAGUUACGCCAAACAGCUCAGGACUCUGUGUAAGAAAUAUUCCAGACGAGGCAUCAAAGAAGAUCAGGAGAUAAAAUUGACCAAUCAGCAGGCGUUUCAGGAGGUGUUGAAUGAGCUGAAUAACUAUGCGGGCCACAGAGAGCAGCUGUCAGAGAACAUGACAACGACCAUCUGUGUAGAGCUCACCAAAAACCUCUCCGACCUUCGGCAGGAGCGCAAGAACUAUCUGUCUGAUAUUAAGAAGUCUCAACAGAACCUGGAGAGCACUUAUAAACAGCUGGAACUUAGUAAGAAGAAAUUUGAGAAGGAAUGGAAAGAAGCAGAGAAAGCCAUACAGCUGACAGAGAAAGUCCAACAGGAUCCCAGCUCAACUAAAGCUGAUGUAGAGAAGGUCAAACAGCAAGAAUUCUCCCGCAUACACAUCUCAGAUGUUUGUAAGAAUGAGUACGCCUCACAGCUACAGAGAUACAACAAAGAUCAGGAGAACUACUAUCACUCAGAGAUCCCCACAGUAUUUAAUAAGCUGCAGGAGAUGGAGGAGAGGCGGAUCAGGAUGCUGGCGGAUGGAUACGUUCAGUUCUCUGAAACCGAGAAGCAACUCCUGCCCAACGUUAACAAGUGUUUAGAUGCGAUCAGCGCAGCGGGGAGAAACAUUAAUGAGAAACAGGACACAGCAGUGCUCAUAGAUCAGUAUAAAUCUGGUGCAGCGCCCCCUGCUGAUGUGGAGUUUGAAGAUUACAGUCAAGUCAUCAAACCUGCUGUCAAUGAGAACACAGCCCAACAUCUGCCCAAAGUUCGCAUCAAACUGUUUCACAAGAAAAACAAGGUAACAUCUCCUGAUAAAAACACGCCAUCUACAAAGGACUUCAGUCGUCUCCCUUCUGAAAAGAGAAAGAAACGUCUGCAGGAGAAGAUUGAUGAUCUUAAUAAAGAGCUUCAGAUAGAGAAUGAGAAGAGUGAGGCUUUACAGAAGAUGAAAGGAGUUUAUGAGAUGAAUUCUCAGCUUGGCGAUCCGUCCAGUUUACAACCUCAAAUCACACAAAACGUUUAUAGCAUAGCCAAUCUGAAAGGAGAACUGAAGAAAUAUCAGACACAGUUGGAUGAAGUUGGUGGUGGACCAGGAUUACACAAUCAGACCAGCUCCAGCGUUUCUCCAUCUUCUGAUAUUUAUGAUUUUGAUGAAGACUUUGAUGUGGAUUUACCCAUCGGUCAGUGUACAGCACUUUAUGAUUUUAAUGGUGGGAGCGAAGGUUCUGUGUGCAUCCAGAUGGGCGAGCAGCUCAGUUUGAUGAUGGAAGAUCAGGGCGAUGGCUGGGCCAAAGUUCAGAGGUCCAACGGAGACGUUGGAUAUGUGCCAUCGUCCUACAUCAAGUACAUCUGAUUUCAACUUCAUCACCUCCAAUUCAAUCCAAUCUUCAGUUCAAUUCAAUUUUAUUUAUAUAGCGCUGUUCAAUUGUUUCAAAGCAGCUUUACGUUAAAAAAGCAGGAGAAAUAUCAAUGGACAACAUAAGAAGCAGACUACUGUGGCUAAGAUUAAACCGUACUAGCGAGCGUAGUAAUAAUGUAACUUUGUUAUAAGCGUAGCCAUCUUUGAGCUCCUUUGUGUAAGACUUCUGGUGAGACACUAAAGCUAAUGGUAGUUGUAUUGUGGGGGACACGAGUGGACGUGCACCCAUUAUCCACACAUCCAACCAGUAAAACCUUUCAUAGGAUCUCACAGCGAACCAUAAAUACAAUAAUUGUUUGAAAACAACUAAUAUUAUGCUGAUAAAAAUAUGCAGAUUUAGCUGGUUUAUUUAUUCUGCUACUAUAUAUUAUUACAAAAAUGACAUUACAGUACAGAAUAUAUACGACAUAAACUGCUUAUUAGUUAAUGUUUAUAAAAGUUCUGAAUGUGUUUGCGCGUACUUUUGUUAUGUUUUCAAUGAUUUUUUUUAAAUAAGUAAAUAAUUUCAUAAGCUCAUGUCUUAUCUACUGCAUAAUAACAUUUUCAUAAAACGGAAACAAUACUGAAUACAUGUAAUAGUUUAAUAUGUUUAUUAUGGUUUGUUCAAAUAACUUACAAUGUGUUGAAUGAGAAAGAUGCUGCUGCUGACUGUCAGAUCAAUUAAAAAUUGCAGUCUAAAUAAACCUCACACCAGAGGGACAGUUGUGACAUUUUUAACCAUCGCCUGAAAGGUAAAAACACAAAUUCUUGGUCUGUUCCAUGUGCACUCGACUGACUUUCCCAUUGUAAAGAUACUGGUAUGUCUCUGUGCUUUUAGCCAUUGAAGACCCGUCACCCUUAAGCAACAACAUGAAAUGAUUAAAUAUAUCUUCAUAUGAUAUAUUAGGACACUUUUUAAUUUCAUCCAUAGACACUGUUUUCUACUGGCCGGCUAUUAAAAUGGACUUCUCGCACAAAGAAGAGAAAUACGUCACAUCAUUUUCUUCCGUGUUUGAAAAUAAGGUGGACAGAAGAGAGUUCAAAUUUAAGCCAAUGUCAGCUGACUCCCUAGAGCAGUGUUUCUCAACCCUGGUCCUCAAGGACCCCCUUCCAGAAAGUUUUAGAUGUCUCCCAAUUUAAAACACCUGAACUAACUCAUCAGCCUCCAUUCAGAAUGUCUCCCUAACAAGCUAAUAAUUUAAAUCAGGUGUGUUAAUUAAGGA